UUGCAGUGCUCGGUCGAAAAUGGCAGGAGAAAAGUACUCUAUCUUGCUGCCAACGUACAAUGAGCGUGAAAAUCUGCCGAUCAUCAUAUGGUUGAUCGUGAAGUACUUGCAAGAGGCAAAAAUCAACUACGAGGUGAUAGUGAUUGAUGAUGGCAGUCCGGAUGGCACGCUGGAAGUAGCGAAACAGCUACAAAAAAUAUACGGUGAAGAUCGUAUCCUUCUUCGACCGAGGGCCGCCAAGCUGGGCCUUGGAACGGCUUACAUUCAUGGCAUAGAGCACGCGACGGGAGAUUACAUCAUUAUCAUGGAUGCUGAUCUGAGCCAUCACCCCAAAUUCAUUCCACAGUUUGUAGAGCUGCAAAAGAAAGGUGACUUUGACAUAGUCUCGGGCACCCGGUACAAGGGCUCGGGCGGUGUUUAUGGAUGGGAUUUCAAGAGGAAGUUGAUUUCGCGUGGAGCCAAUUUCCUCUCUCAACUGUUACUGCGACCGAAUGCAUCUGAUCUUACCGGAUCGUUCCGACUGUACCGCAAAGAAGUGCUGAAAGAGCUAAUUUCUCGCUGCACUUCGAAAGGAUACGUCUUCCAGAUGGAAAUGAUUGUCCGAGCGCGCCAGCUAAACUACUCCAUUGGAGAAGUUCCGAUAUCGUUUGUGGACCGUGUGUACGGGCAGUCCAAGCUCGGUGGAUCGGAGAUAAUCCAGUUUGCUAAAAAUUUGCUGUACCUUUUCGCCACCACGUAAAGUGUGCUG